AUUAUCUAUUACGGAGUAACAUUUUAGGAAGAGGACAUUAUUUUGUCCAAGGAAUCAUCCAAGGAAGAUAGUUAGGAAAAAUCCAUUUAAAUGUGCUGUAGAAUAAAAAUAAUAUAGAGGGUCUUCUUUUGUAUUUUUCUUUAUCUUAUCAUACUAUAAAAAUUGAAACAAUUUAUUAAGACAUACACAUGUACGAAGUAUCAUAUUAUUUUCUCAUGGGGUUGUUUCCUUUUUCCUAGUUGAGGGGACCUUUCUUUAAUAAAGAAGGUUAAAGGGAUGAAAUUCUUGGGCAGAAGCUAAAAACAGCCUUCUUUAUUUAUUUUAUUUUUUUAUGUAAUUUUUUUUUAUGAUUUUGAUUUUAUAUAGUCAUUUUUGUCAGGAAAAUGGGUGGGUUUUAAUUCACAGGAACUUUCACUCUCAGGUGCUUAUUAAUUAAGCUCUGAAAAUCCCAAAAAAAAGAAGGAAAAAAAAGGGAGUUUAUUAAAGAUACAAAAAUGGCGGGUUUGCACUAGGUUGGUGAACCGGGGAUUUCUCUGCAACUUUGAUGGUGGUUCUUCCUUGAUUAAAAGGUUGUAACUACUCAUCAAGGAAUUCUUCGUUUCAUAGAUUCUCAUCCUCGUAGUAAAUAUGAAACGAGAGUCCAAAAAUGGCUCGUCCAGUGGUAAAUCUAAUCGUAGUAGAGGAAAAUUUGCCUCUCGUUUUUGUAUGUUCCCCAAGGUAAAAUCAGCUGAUACCGGUCCAGGCUUUGCUCCGGUCUACCUGAAUGUUUAUGAUUUAACACCAAUCAAUGGCUACAUGUAUUGGGCAGGAGUUGGUAUAUAUCACACUGGUGUUGAAGUUAAUGGCUCAGAAUACGCUUUUGGCGCUCAUGACUUCCCCACAAGUGGUGUAUUUGAGGUUGAACCUCGGCAAUGCCCUGGUUUCAAGUUUAGAAAAGCAAUAUUCAUGGGAACAACAUCUCUAGAGCCUAGUGAAGUCAGAGAUUUCAUGGAGCAACAAUCACGAAAUUAUCAUGGUGAUACCUAUCACUUGAUCGUCAAGAAUUGCAACCAUUUCUGCGAUGAUAUCUGUCACAAGUUAACAGGAAAGAAGAUCCCUAAAUGGGUUAAUCGACUUGCUAGAAUAGGUUCAGUCUGCAACUGCAUACUUCCAGAAAGUCUCAAGGCAUCUACUAUUCCGGAACCCCAUCUCGAAGUAUUUGAGAAUGAAAAGAAGCAUCUACGACCCUUUAGCUGCUUUUCAUCCUUCUCAAUGUCUCAGAAGGAGGAGUCAAUUUCUUCCUUAUUUUUACAUUCACACUACUUGGGAUGUCUACCAUCUUGGGAGUCAAGAAGGACAAAACCUGGGAUUUUUGAAGAGGAAGACUGACACGAACCUUUUUUGUACGACUACUUCGAGAAUUUAGAGGCAAUAGUGAAUAGUAUCAUUUACGUUGAUUGUGCAUAGAUCUUAGGGGGUGAGUGUACAUGUGCUUUCUCGCCAUUUUGAUUCCAUUACAGUAGCUGUUCUAGAGGGCGUAAUUGUUGUCCCUGCAAAUGUGUGUUUCAGUAUUGGUGCUUUUUGAUGCAAUCAAGCUUUUAUUCUUGCAUCUCAGUUCAAUUAUCUUAAGCUCGAACAUCAAUCUUAUUCGUGUAAAGGACUGUUCUGAAUUGCUUGGAUCCUGUACUUGAGAAUUUGAUCAGUUGCUAUUUAUAAUUUUUCCAAAGCUUGUUUGUGGGGAAAAAAAUUAGUGGUAAGAUGGUCUGUAAUAUUGCUAUGCUUCGGCAAUUAAAUGUUAAGUUAUUCGACAUUCAAGAGUCAGUUAAGGAGUAAGAAUUCAGGCCAGGCUUUUGUCUACAUACAAAA